AUGGACGAGGAGAAAGACGUGGGCCUCAAGAAGAGCUCAGUUGACUCGUUUGAAAAGUCUUUGGAGGACUCUGGCCACGCAGAGGCCCAGGAAACAUCGCUUAACGUUUUCGACAAGUGGGCUUCCAAGCUCAACGCUGAGACAAAGGGCGUGGACUUGGUGCUAGACGAUGAAAAAACUGACUGCUCCAUCUGGAACGCUGCUUCCAUGUGGCUCUCUGCCAACUUGGUCAUUGCCACGUUUUCCUUGGGCGCCUUGGGUGUCACUGUGUUUGGGCUUUCGUUUUUCCAGUGUAUCAUGGUGAUCAUCUUCUUCUCGUUGUUGGGAGCAUCGCCAGUGGCCUUCUUCUCCAUAUUUGGGUGCCGCUUGGGGCUUCGUCAGAUGAUUCUUUCCAAGUACCUUUUGGGUAACUACGGCAUGAGAAUCUUUGCCUUCAUCAACAUGAUAGCCUGUGUGGGCUGGGGUGCCGUCAACAUUAUGGCCUCUGCGCAGUUGUUGAACAUUGCCAACAAUGGAGCUCUUCCCCCAUGGGCUGGGUGCUUGAUUUUGGUCAUUUGCACUAUUUUGGUGACAUUCUUUGGCUACCAUGUUAUUCAUUAUUACGAGCGGUGGUCGUGGAUCCCCAACUUGGCCAUUUUCAUUGCCAUCAUCUGCCGUAUGGCCAUGGCCAAAACCUUCACCUGGGGCGAGACUAAAGGUGGUGAAACCACCGCUGGUAACGUUUUGUCCUUUGGCGGUACCAUUUUCGGUUUCGCCAGUGGCUGGACAACUUAUGCUUCGGACUACACCGUCUACCAACCUCGUAAUGCUAACGCAUACCGUAUCUUUUUCGGCAUAUUGGCUGGUCUCUUGCUCCCUUUGAUCUUCACUUUGAUCUUGGGCGCUGCUUGCGCUACCGGUACUUUAACUAACCCUGAAUGGGCCUCUCUCUAUGAGGAAAAGGCCGUGGGAGGCCUUGUUUACUCCAUCCUCGUUCAGGAUUCACUUCACGGCUUUGGCCAGUUCUUGUGUGUUUUGUUGGCUCUUUCGACUGUUGCCAACAAUAUACCGAACAUGUACUCUGUUGCAAUGAGUGCACAGGCUUUCUCUUCCUACUUGAGAAUCGUACCCCGUGUUGUGUGGACGGUUUGCGCCAACUUCGUCACUUUAGCCAUCUGCAUCCCAGCCUACUACCAUUUCGAGUCUGUCAUGGAGAACUUCAUGAACUUGAUCGCCUACUACUUGGCCAUUUACGAGGCCAUGUGUCUCUCUCAACAUUUCAUCUGGAACAGAGGCCGCUGGUCUGCUUACGAUUACGAAAACUACAUGGAUAAGCGUGUGUACCCUGUCGGAUUGGCUGGUGUUUUUGGUUUCUGCUGUGGUGUUGCUGGUGUUGUCGUUGGCAUGAACCAGGUGUGGUACAGUGGUCCAAUUGGCAGACAAAUAGGUGAAAGAGGUGGCGAUAUUGGGUUUGAAUUAGGCGCAGGUUUUGCAUUUGUUGGUUUCAACUUGAUGAGACCAAUCGAGAUGAAGUAUUUGGGAAGGUAG